AUGGCCUCCAAGGCAGGACCUUUGGCGAAACCAUUCAUCGAGACACGAUGGGCUGAUGGCCUUCGGGGUAUCGCAGCCCUCUUCGUUGUUGCAAGUCAUAUCACACUAUGCUUUGCCCGAAGUGUUAUCCCACCUUCUAUAUCUACCGAUGGCCCAAGGAGACUAUUCCAGAACCCCUUUCUUCGUCUUAUCGGCCAAGGCAAUGCAGCCGUCUCCGUCUUUCUCGUCCUCCUUGGCUUCGUCAACUCCCUCAAAACUAUCCAGCUGAUACGCUCCGGCUGCGUACAGGAUGCAGUCUCGACUCUCUCGAUCGGUGCCUUUAGAAGGACGGGCCGUCUUAUGCUCCCUGCCUCUGCGGCAACGCUGAUAUCGUUUAUGCUCUGUGAGCUUGGCCUGUACGGUCUGGCAAGGAGGUCUGAUGCAUACUGGAUAAUGACCACGGCUGCCGCGCCUAGCACAUCUAUAUUCCAAGGAAUCAAGAGCGUCAGCUGGGAAUUGAUUGCGGUUUGGAUCGUGGGGGAGAAUAAAUAUGAUCAGCCGCAGUGGGCGCUGGCGCAUCUCUUCAAGGGCUCGUUCUUCAUCUACAUGGUUCUCCUUGCAACGGCCAAUGCCACACCAGCAUUCAGACUCACUGCUCUCGGAAUCCUCUACGCCUGGGGCUGGAUUGCGGGUGACACUAUCGUUCGACCUAACGUCUUCGCCGGCAUGAUACUGGCCGAACUAACGUACCUCCCACCUCCCAAGAAAUCGAAAAUAACAACCAUACUACCUUACUUCAUCGUCACUCUCGGCCUCUACCUGUGCUCCUAUCCAGACCGGUUUGCCGAUCAGGCUCGCUGGUCUCGCGAACUAGAACAGCUGGGCCGCAUCAUCUUCCCCAAGAACGCAGCCAUGGGCCGUGCCUGGCCUAACCUAGGUGCUCAGCUCCUCUGCUUCGGCGUAAUGUACUCUCCUCAGAUGCGCCAUGUUCUCUCGCAUAAAUGGCUACACUGGAUUGGAGGCCUAAGUUUCUCCAUCUACCUACUCCACGGAAUGCUGAUGCGCACUGUUCUCGCAUGGCUUGUUUUCGGCCCCAACGCCCUCCUUGGCGUCACCAAGCCAGGCAAGCUCGCUAACGGGACUGACGGCCAGGUCGUUCCCCAGCCGGGAGACUUAAUCGUCGCAUGUACGAUACCAGUCUUCCUCGCAAUCAUGCUGUUCGUAGGAAGCCUAUGGAACCGCUUCGUUGAGCCAUACUUCGGCUAUGCAACGAGCGGUCUCGAGUCCUUCGCCAAGUCGUUUGGGAAGAAUCAGUGGCCGUUUAACUCCAUGAACUUGAUGCAAAAUGGAGAGAAGUCGAUUUUGCCCACGGUGCGCAAGGACUAA